AACAAACUGAGAGUCAAGGCAGUGAGUCUACAAAGAGCAUAUGCAGCCUUCAUGUCCACGGGCAAGUCCGCCCCCACGGCUUUUCAUCGGCCGACAAUGACCUCAACGGAAAGUAUUCUACUGACGAUCUACCACUUCAUAUCUCUUCGGCUACAUUUCACAUAACAAUAUACUUAACUUGAACGUAACUCAGCAGAAUGCCUGACAAAGACGCUUCCACACCAAGGGUCUUCCUGAUCCGCCAUGGACAAACAGAAUGGAGCAUGUCUGGGCAACACACAGGCAAAACAGACAUCCCGAUGACAGCAGAAGGUGAAGAUCAAGUCCGAGGAACAGGGCGCAUUGUCUACGGCGAAGGCAAACUGCUCGAUCCCAAGAAAAUCGCCAAAGUCCUCGUUUCGCCACGGACGAGAGCGAUCAAGACGUACGAAUUGCUUUCUGGACAAACUGAAGGUUACGAAAUUCGAGAAGAGAUUGCGGAGUGGGAUUAUGGUGACUACGAAGGCCUCACGCCCUCUCAAAUCCGCACAAACCGCAAGUCCGAAGGCCUAGACAUUGAUCGAUCGUGGGACAUCUGGCGCGAUGGCUGCGUAAACGGCGAAUCACCCGAACAAGUUACAGCUCGAUUAGAUGCUGUCAUUGCCGAGAUCAAAGCCUUGCAAGCUCCGCAUAUGAAGGAUGCGGAGCCGAAAGACGUCGUAAUCGUCGCCCAUGGGCAUACGACUAGAGCGUUCGCGAGAAGGUGGUUGGGGUAUGAGUUGUCGUUUCCGUUGAGUUUGAUGAUGGAGCCUGGUGGGGUGGGAGUGCUGAGCUAUCAACAUCAUAAUGUAGAUGAGCCGGCGUUGUUGUUGGGAAUUGGGUUUCCUUUACAGCAGUAGGAAUCUCGGCAGGGACUGACAGCGAGGCUAAGUGCAGGAAAAAGAUGUCGAUCAGAUCUUCAGCAAUGUGGAUAUUUAACGCAUAUUUCUGGUUUCGAGCGCUGUCGACAACAUUUAGCUUGACAAUGAGAAACUACUCCCACUAUCACUAUAUAAGCCACCC